CUAUAUAUCUGGCGGGGUUGGGGUGCGAUAUCGGAGCAGUCCGCGGCUGCAGCAGCGCUCCGCGCAACGACAAAGCCACCCCGGUUGGCCAGCCGCGCGCGGCCUGAGUGCUUAGCAAGGAAGGCUAGCUGCAACACCUGGCUUGCUCGCCGCAGCAGCUCCUUGUCGACAGGCUGCAGAAGGCACAGAGCGCUAACAGACUUCACCAAACGCGGCCGGCUUGUGGAAAACGUAUGCUGAAGCAUAGCGCCGCACGAGAUUAAGUUUAGCGGUAAAGGGCUGCUGUGAAAGCCUGAGGAGCGUCAAGACCCGGCGGAUGGGUGCUUGAGAAAGCGGACCCAGACGCGCAAAGGCCAAUUCUCCAACCUCAUAAGUUGUCACAACGGAUACACAGGCAUACAGGCACUGGAUAUAUACCUGGCAGCACCUUGCCACAUAGAGCCCAGAGCACUACUGCAAGUUCUCGACCGCAACGCCUCGUUUCGUGGCCGCGGAACAGGCUGCUGCUUGUGUUUACGUUCUGCUUGGAAGCACAGCAGUAAAAGCAUUAUUAGCUGUUGCCUUGCCAAGCGCACGCACAGCGCUGACCGGCCUUGACCACGGAGAACGCGUUCUGCGCGUGAGUUUGUCCGGCGGGCCAUUGCCAUAACAUUGGCACAAGACAUAAAGCUUACUGAAGCAGAGGAGGCCAUGGCAACGCCGCCGGUGAGUGCAGGCUGGGCUUUCCUUGGGGCCGCGGGCUAUUUCGCUUGACCCAGAGGCAUUCAGGGCCAGCAUCGUCUCGCAGCGCGUUUAGGCUGAUGCUACGAGCUUGUUUGUGGGCAGUCAAGGCCUGGGGAGCCACCCCGGACGACCGCGACGCCAUGCACACAGACUAUGGCUGCUAUGGGCCUUCUGACGAGCAGGCGGAUACCGAGAGCGAGGAGUUCGGGUGGGCUGAUGAACUGCUGGAUGGCCAAAUAGAUGACGGUUUCCGCGGGUUCGAGGCACUGCCUAAUGAUGACGGCUCGGCUGCCGUCGGCACAGACGGGGAAGAGAGCUUCAAUGUUGCCCUACCCGCCGAAAGGCAGAGCCCGCACUCGCCACCUGCUGCGAUGUUUGCUGAGGCUGUGGGUGCCAAGGUGUCCAUGAUCUGCAGCGACGCACUGCCCAGCAGCCCGGCGGCAUCAUCAUGCGCAUCGCUGGACUCGUGGUGCCGCCGCCAUGUGCCCACCGCCCAGCCGUCCCAGGGAGCAACCCCGGCGGACGGGCUCGACGCCAUGCACACAUGCUCUGGUAGCUGCGAGACUUCUGGCAAGCAGGCGGAUACCAUGAGCGAGGACACGAUUGCUGAAAUCGACGACGACGCCCUCAUGCGUGGCUUGCCAGGUUCGGACGACACCGCUUUCUGGCUCAUGGUCGAUGAUGUGCUGCCUAAUGAUGACGGCGGCUCUGCUGCCGUCGGCACAGCAGACGGGGAAGAGAGCUUCAAUGCUGCCCCACCCGCCGAAAGGCAGAGCCCGCACUCGCCACCUGCUGCGAUGUUUGCUGAGGCUGUGGGUGCCAAGGUGUCCAUGAUCUGCAGCGACGCGCCGCCCAGCAGCCCGGCGGCAUCAUCAUGCGCAUCGCUGGACUCGUUGUACCGCCACUGGUUGCUGGCCGCGACCGGCGAGCCGCCGGCGGCGGACGCCAGCGUCGUGGUGAGCCUGGCAGACGGCGGCGUCGGCGACACGGCGACCAGUGCCAACACCAACAGCGGCGACCAGGAGGCGCACAGCAGCGCGCAGGCCGCCGUCAGCCACGACAUGGAGCUGGACCCCAUCCCCAUGGCGUACCUGCAGCAGCCCUCGUUCGACGGCUGGCCGCACGCCAGCGGCGCGGCGGCCAUUGAGGAGGCGCAGCCCGCCGCCGCCGCCGCCGCCGCCGCCGCCGCCGCCGCCGCCGCGGGCGCCGCCGGCGGUGUUCCCUGCUACCCCGUCGCUACGUCGGAGCCGUCCGCAGCGGCGGCGGCGGCGGUGGCGGCGGCGGCGUCCACCUUCCCCAGCUGCUCGGCUGAGUCAGCGCUAGCAGUUGCGGGAGGUUCCUGCAGCGGCGGCGGCCUCCUACUGCUCGGCGGCAGCGACGUCACUCUGGCGCCGCACGCAGCGGCCGCCAGCAGUAGCGACAUCGGGAUUGCGAAAAAGCCGCAGUCGAUUGACAAGGACUUGGCUGCAAGCCACGACAAGCUGCAGCAGCUUGCGGAGGGUACGGUGUUGUGGAACCACAUUGGCAGCAUGGCGCACGUCCUGCCGCCCCACUUCCGUGUGAUGGCGGGCAUGGUCAGCGCGCAGCUGCUAGAGGGCAACCAGGCGAACGCCGUGUUGGCCAGCCGGGAGAUCCAGCAGCAGGUGCUGGCGGCGCACCAGCUGGCCAAGGACCCCGCGGCGGCUACAGAUCUGCUGCAAACGCAGGCGCUGUGGAAGCUCCUGAUAACCCUGAUCACCAGCAGGAACCUGGUCGGAAGUCUGCCGGCCAGCGCCACUGCCGCCGCAGCCUCCGCGUCGGCGGCGUGCCCGGCGGAGAGCGCUGCUGUCGCCUGCAACGAGGCCGGCUCACCGGACUCGGAGGCCACCGCACCGCCGUCCGGCGGCGUGCUGGCAGCGGCGCAGCAGCAUGCGGCGGGCCGGAAGCGGAAGGCGCCCAGCAGCGGCGCCGACAAGGCGGUGCCGCCGCCCCCUAUGGAGGUUGUGGCUGCAGCGGACGAGACGGAAGAGGAGGUGGCGCCGCCUGCUGCCAAGCGGCCCCGGAUCGAGGCUAGCAGCAUGGUGACGCAGCCGCCCGCGCCUCAGCAGCUUCUGGCUGGCACGCAGCAGCAGCAGGCGCCCGAGCUGCAGCAGCAGCAGCAACAGCACCCGUCGCACCUGCAUCAGCUACACCUGCACCACCAGCAGCAGAAGGCCCUGGAGCGGGGCAGGCCGCAGGCAGGGCCAUUCAGGGUCAUGUUUGCAUGCCCGUGUGGCAAGGAGCUGCGCGACCACAUGGCCACCGUGUCGGCGAAGGGCGCUGUCACCUUUGGCCACUUGUGCGGGGGCGACCGCUACGAGCGCAAUGCCAAGGUGGCCAAGGCCGAGGAGGAGAUGCGCAAUCACGGCGUCAUCAAGGUGGUGAAGCAGCAGAAGGGCAAGUGAAGCUGCCCCGGAAGGACUUGGGCGGAUGGCCUCCAUAGCCACCAGGGCCAGCAAGCAAGAGAAUUGCACCGCUCAGACGCUGAUUCCACAGCAGGGAGCACAUACAUGGUGAAUCCGAAUGUUUAAGGACGCAUGCGUCCAUCUUGGUAAUGGGUACAUGCAGCGCCGCAACCCUGAUAGCAGAGUCUGAUAGUUUCGUAGUUUGCUUGGGCGUACGAGUAGUGCCCGCCCUCCAACGCACGAGCACGUGUAUUGGGUAGGGGAACGGCUUUGAUUCUGCCGGACCCAAAUUGUGGAACUGCACCAUUGAUUAUAUGUGCAUUCUCCUAGAGUCAUUAGUCUGUUCAUUUUGCGCUGCGCAUUGAUUCGUGAUUCGCCGGCGGAGUGCGCAUUAGCAGGUUAUCACCUGAACCAUACAUUAAGUAGCUAAGCAAGCAAGGCCCCGACUCCAGAAUGUCCGUACAGAGGUUCGUUCUCAGAUAGAUUGGGUUGUCUGAUCUCAGACUGCGCAGACACGGUGGUGUUGCGCCGGUCCUGGAGCAUUGUUGACUGACACGGUUGGCGGCAUACAUACCGUCUGGCGGUGAUUAGUCAACAGUUGUGAACGCCACUUUAUUCCGUGGGUUGAGCUUAUUCGUAGCAGAUUGUUUCUCAAGUUACAUUGUUUUGGGGCUGAGCCGAAGCGAUCCAGGGGGGCGAAACCCCAUAGGUAGGAUCGCCCCUGUCCGUGUCGUGUCCUGAUACGGUAGCUGCUGGACCCUGUGUGAAGCCAUCGCGUCGAUGUGACUUUUGGGAUGCAUGUUGGGUCCCUGGCUGCACGUGCUGGCACCGCAAGCUGCCACGGCAUACAUCGUGUAUGGGUGGUUGGCUCAAGCUCGGGUUGGGGAUUGGGUGGGCAGCCGGGUACGAUGGCUCACGUGGCUGUGGGCUGAGAGCCGCGUAGACGCGGGCC